UGAUUGGAUUCUGAGUCCGCUCCCCGCUCUCGCUCUCUCGCGCGCUCGCUUACGUAUACGUGAUAUAUUACGUAGCAGACUUGUGGUCGCGCUUCGCGGGUUCUCGCUCUCCCCUUCUCUUCGCUUCUGUUUUGGUUACCCUUUUUUGCGCUACCUCACCUUAUUUGCCGACAUGACUGCGUUGACAUUGCUCCGGCGAUCUCUUGCGUCGGUCAGCUGCGCUGCUCGCGAUGCCCACGCCCCCCCUCGCUCGGCCAAUUGGAGGUUUGCGCCGCCACUUCAAAGGCGCCAACUGCACUGCCACACUGGUGGGCGACAUGCUGCACUUUUGGCCGGCAAAGCAACAGCAACACAGGCCACAGCAGCUGCGCAGGCGCCAAACGCGCAUGCUAAUGCCAUCAGCGACUUUUCCACUGCGAUCCGCACCAUGUCCUCCGCCGCCCCGAAACUCGUGGCCGUUGCCGAGUCGCGCCGCUUCAUGAUCGACUGCUUCAAGGCCGUGAAGGUGCCCCAGGCCCAUGCCGAGGCCCAGGCGGACCUCCUGGUCGCCGCCGACCACCGAGGACACUUCAGCCACGGCAUGAACCGCCUGGAGAUGUACAUCAACGACCUGGCCAUCAACUCCACGGACGGAGGCGCUGUGCCCAAGAUCCUGAAGGAAACCCCGGCCACCGCCUGGGUGGAUGGUCUCAAUGGCCUGGGCGCCGUAGUGGGCAACUACUGCAUGGAUCUGGCCAUCAAGAAGGCCAAGAAUGUGGGCGUUGGCUGGGUGUGUGCCAAGGGGUCCAAUCACUAUGGCAUGGCCGGCUGGUACGCCAUCAGGGCCAUGGAGCAGGGCCUGGUGGGCAUGUCCAUGACCAACACCUCGCCCCUGAUGGCUCCCACGCGCGCCAAGGAGGCUGCCCUGGGCACCAACCCCUUGUCCCUGGGCGCCAACGCCACCAAUGGCGACAAGUUCCUGCUGGACAUGGCCACCACCGCCGUGGCCGUUGGCAAGAUCGAGAUCCAGCGCAGGAAGGGAGCUCCCCUGCCCGACGGCUGGGCCCAGGAUCCCAGCGGAGCUGUGACCAACGAUGCGGAGCUGGGCUUCAGCACUGGCUGCCUGAUGCCCCUGGGAGGGUCCGAGCUGACCUCGGGCUACAAGGGCUACGGCCUGGGCGCCAUGGUGGACAUCCUGUCCGGCGUCAUGUCCGGCGCCAACUACUCCACCCAGGUGCGCAAGUGGACCCACGCUGGCGCCGACUCCGCCGCCGAUCUCGGCCAGGUCUUCAUCGCCGUGGACCCCAACUGCUUCGCCCCCAACUUCGAGGAGCGCAUGACUGACUUCAACUCCCGCCUGAGGGGCGCUACGCCGACCGAUCCCAGCAAGCCCGUCUUGUUGGCCGGCGACAAGGAGCGGAAUGGAAUGGCCGAUGUCGAUGCUGCCGGCGGCAUCCAGUACCUGGAGAAUCAGCUCAAGACCUGUGCCAACCUGGCCGAGAAACUCAAAAUCAAGCCCCUGAGCUUUGUCUAAACUGGAAAGUACUGGAGGAUCUAAACUACGGAGCCAAGCUCACCCGAGGCCAUAUGCUGGAGAAGCUUCUGCAUUUCGACGGACCAAAGCACUAAGUUACGCUACACUGCAAGAAAUAUUGAUAUUCGCAACAGUUCGAUUCACGCUGGUGCUGAUUUAUAGUUUGUUACAUAUCCCCGUGCACUUAAAGAAUAUUUCUAGUUUACUAGAAGGCUGUCCUAGGUCUGAAAUAAUUAACUAAAAACAUUUCUUACGAUUUAUGACAUUCUUCUAGUAAAUUAGCAAUAUAAAGUAGAGUAAAGACUUGCAGCUUGCACUUUUAAUAUAAGUAAAGGGACGUCUAAAUUUCUUUUUAGAAAACUAUCUGUUAUACUAUAUACAUAUGCUUUUGGCACUCAAAUUUAUCCAUGUUGUGUUCAUCAAAUACCUAAAUAUUAAAGUGAAAAAUGCUCGAUGACAAA